AAGCAAAGAAAAUUUUGUCGCAUCGAAGCCUUGAAAAAACUGUCAAUUCAUCCUCUGCUCUCAGUUGAACUAAUUUUUCAGUCCACAAGCAACUUUUCAUCAGAAAACCACUUACUUUCUUUAUAAUUUGAAUAUAAUUUCAAUUCCAAUCGAAUCACAACAAUGGGUUCCACUGGCACCGGUUACGACUUGUCGGCAUCACAAUUUUCCCCGGAUGGACGCGUCUUCCAGAUCGAGUACGCUUGCAAGGCGGUGGAUAAGAGCGGCACCGUCAUCGGUUUGCGGGGCAAAGACUGCGUCGUCCUAGCUGUGGAGAAGAUCAUCUCCAGCAACUUGUACGAGGAAGAUGCUGGCGGACGGAUUUUCACGAUUGAAAAGAACAUCGGAAUGGCUAUAGCCGGGCUAUUGGCCGAUGGAAACUAUUUGGCUGAUAUUGCCCGCCAGGAAGCGGCCAAUUUUCGUCAACAAUUCGAUCGCACCAUCCCAUUGUCGAAACUUUGCGAACGGAUUGCAAGCUACAUGCACGCGUACACUCUUUACAGUGCCGUCCGACCCUUUGGGCUUUCCAUCAUCCUUUCCGCCUGGGAUGAGACGAGUGGACCCGAGCUUUAUAAGAUUGAGCCCUCUGGUUCCUUUGUCGGCUACUUCUCUUGCGCUAGUGGAAAAGCAAAGCAGCAGGCCACGACGGAGAUGGACAAGCUAAAACCAAACAUGGCGGUGGAAGAGGUCAUCAAAAUGGCCGGCGAAAUCAUCUACAAGGUUCAUGACGAACUAAAGGACAAGGACUUUCGAUUCGACAUGGGUCUGGUGGGCAAGGAAACCAACGGUCAACAUUGCAUUAAUCCUAGCGUCUAUACUGAUUUUGCCAGGAAAGCCGGUGAUGCUGCCACCAAUGAGGACGAUAGCGACAAUGAGAUGCUUUAGGCGUCUCUGACAUGGCUGAUCUGGGCAUAAUUACAUAAAACUACUUUAAUAUUCUAUGCUUUAGUUUAAAAGUGUGACUCUUUACAUUUUUCUAUCGCAUAGAUUAUCACAAGAUCAUCACAAAACAGAAUUG